GCUGGCCCGGCUAAGCAUUGUUAAUAUCAAUUUAGACUCGAAAUUGAAUGCAAGUGCACGACGGACGCCGGCAGUCUUCGUUUACGUUCAAUCGUGUUUCUGAUCAGACCGUUCAUUUAUAAAAUCCGCAAAUAAAAAAACAUUAAAAGAAACAACAAUUUUAACAAAAAUUUCAUUGCCAUAGGGGAAAAAAUAUUUUUGCAUGUUUGUGUCAACGUGUGUUCAAGUGAUAAGCAAAAAAAAUUAAAAUAAACCACAUUGUUUGAAAGCAGUGGUGAUACGUGGAAGUAAAUCGUUGUCCAGCAACACACCCCCUCGUGCAUGUGACUAACGCGGAGCGAAAAAAAUAGAAAUUGUGUUGGGAAAAAACAUUGAGUCUCAUUAAAUAAUUAUAAAAUAAUUAAUAAUAUACUAAAUAUAAAUUCCAUUAACGGAAUCAUUACCUGCUGAACUUAGUGGGACGGUGUAUUCGAUUGCUAGUCGCGGUAGCCAAGAGUGCAACAACAACAAUUAAAAGAAUUUAAUUAAAACGUCAUAGAGCACCGCACAAAAAUCAUCCCUGAUUACUUAAAACAAAAUAGAAAACACACACACACACACAGUGUACUACACAUUUUUUUACACCACCAGUAGAAACGCAACAAAAACACUGACAGACACCACCAUUCAAUUUGUACAAGACUAACAAUAACAAAAGAAAAACCUUUCAAAAACAAAGCAACAACAGAGAAACAUCUUAAAACACAAACAACACAUAUGGCUUCCUUAAGGACGGUUCGCCAAUUGUUUGGAGCGCAAGCCUCUUUCGAGGAGAUACGUCAUGCCGCUGGUCGCAUAUGCCGUGAUUAUCUAAAUGGCCAAUGGAAGGAAGUGCCCUCGGAUCAACUGAUUGUCAAACGCAUAAGCGGUGGACUUUCCAAUCUUUUGUAUUAUGUAAGUUUGCCCCCAGAUUCCAAUGGCAGUGAUGGAGAAGUCAAUGAUUCGGUGGUUGAAGCUGAACUAAAUAAGGCAACUACAACAACAACGACUUCUUCGUCGUCAUCAUCGUUGACAUCGUCAUUGCCUGCAGAUAAUGACGAAAAUAGAAACGAACCAGAUUUCAGUGACCUGCUUACCGCGGGCGAUUGUAAUGGCAACAAACGUAAACGUUAUGAUAGUUCAUCGUCCACACUGGCUUCGGCAUUGAGGCACAAGGAACCCAAAGAGGUUCUCUUACGCAUUUAUGGUCAAUCUCAUGGUGAGGAUGCUUUAGAGCAAAUGAUCACCGAAUCUGUGGUAUUUGCCCUAUUAAGUGAGAGACAUUUUGGUCCUCGUUUGUAUGGCAUAUUUCCUGGGGGUCGCAUAGAGCAGUAUAUACCCGCCCGGGCUUUACAAACCGCCGAAUUGGCCAUUCCUGAAAUAUCCCUGAGAGUUGCUGAGAAAAUGGCCGAGAUCCAUAGCCUCAAUAUACCCAUGUCCAAGGAACCCGAUUGGAUAUGGAAUUGCAUGGAGCGUUGGCAACGCCACAUACCCGAAAUAUUAUCGCGCACCGAUUGGCAGGAACACGAGCUGGUCAGUGCUCAACAUAUGCGUGGCAUUAAUUUCGAAAAGGAGGCCCUUUGGAUGAAGCAGGUUAUACGCAAGGCUAAUUGCCCUGUGGUCUUUUGUCAUAAUGACUUGCAAGAGGGUAACAUUCUGAUUAAAAGCUCAAAUGAUAUAUCAGACUGUAAUGCUGAGGAUGCUGCCUUAGAGAACAUAUCAAUGAAUAGUGAUGAUGUCGUUGAUAAUAACACAUCCAACAAACCCCCAGCGGAUUUGGACACUUCAGCCGACUCGGCCAUAGACAACACCAUAAGUUCCACCGUACCCGAUUUAAGGAUAAUAGAUUUCGAAUAUUGUGCUUACAAUUAUCGUGGCUUUGAUUUGGCCAAUCACUUCCUGGAAUGGACCUUCAACUAUAGUCGACCAGAUUUUCCAUUUUAUUAUUAUCACAGUGAAAAUUUCCCAACCAAGGAGCAGCGACACUGUUUCAUAAGACGUUAUUUGAAGAAAAUCAAUGACUGUGAGGAGGAAUGGGAGCCCAGUCAGAAGGAAAUCGAUGAGGUUGAUGUAGAGGUGAAAAUAUUCCGCAUGAUGUCUCAUCUAUUCUGGACUUUAUGGUCACUGAUGAAUGUUACCUCCAAUAUAGAGUUUGCCUAUUGGCAUUAUGCCGUUACCCGCAUCAAUGAGUAUCUGGUGCUCAAACAAAACUUCAUUACCGACAACAUGAUGACUGUUUAGAAUUAUCAAAAACUAGAAGAAUGUACUUAAUAUAGCAUUGGUCAAUCUAAUUGUACUGAUCGAAUUGCGAUACAGGUUAUUUUUUACAUUAUUUUUAAAAAAUUUUCAUUUUAAAGAAAUACCUACUGCGAUUAUAUUGUUAGGCGCGCUAGUUUUUACACCGAAUAACAAAACGUUUGACCGCCGCCAGAGGGAGCAGAGAGAUACAGUAAAGCGUUUGUGUAUGUCGUAUGUUAUGUCUUAAGACUAGAGAAUUUCUGAAUAGAGCUGUGAUUGGUUUUCACUUAAAACACUUACGCCGACUUAUUCUUAAUUAUAACGUAAAUCUAUUUUUGUUACAUUUAUAGUUAGCUUAACGUAAUUAAUUAUUCUGUAUUUUUCUCUGAUUUAUACACAUAAUUCUAACGAUGGUAUUGUUUAUUUAUAUUAUUUUGAUUCUUUUUUUAUAAAUUUGUAUUUGUCUGCACUUAGAUUUAAGCACAUAUAUUUAUAUAAUGAUGACACAUGUGGUCAUAUCAUUCCCCCCUUCCAGUUUGUGUUACAUCCUUCUUGAUCAACGUAUACACUACACUACAACCCACAUACAUUUAUUUAAGUUUAAGACAAUUAGGCUAGAGAAAAUUAUAUCAAUGGGUGUGAUCUCCGAUGUUAGUGAGAAACCCAGUCAGACUUCCUUAAAAGCUAAUGAGUUGUUGAAUUGGAGGCAAGUUUCCUUUUAAAACACUUAUUGAGACAAAAUAGUAUAAAAAGCGUUUUUUUUUUAAAUUAAUAAAUAAAGCUGCAUUAGUCAAGAAAUGAUAGAAAAAAUAAA